AUGAUCAAAAUUGACAAAGAACUGGAGAUCAACGUGCGCGAUUUGGCGCACGACUUGAACCUUUUUUACAAAAAAAGUGAAGCCAUUGGGAACAUAGGACGAACGGAAAACGCUCGAAGCAGACGUUGCUCUGACAGAAGAACGGUGUCCAAGUAUGGAGACACAGUCACCAUUUCUUUGGAAAGGCACAUAUUCAUUUGUGUGCGGCGAAGCAACACCUGGAGGGUUUUCCGGCACAACAGCUCCCAAAAAAUUGACAAAUGCAUAUGCAUCUCUGAAUCGGACGUGCUCGUGUUGCAGAGGAACAACCACAUAUCCGUGCAGGCGUUCGAACGGAUAGAUAAAAAUAAACAGUUAAACGAAAUCAGAUUGUUGAGGAAACAGGACCUCUCAUCGAGUGCCCUUUUCUUCUGCGUACAUCAGGGUUCCAUUUACAUUGUCGACCGGAAUGGGGCACUACUGCAAACAGAUGUGGAAGACUGCCUGAACGCCGGCAUUUCCCCAAAGCAGAUCGAACAUUUUCACUUCCAAAAAGGAAACCAAGUGUAUUAUUUUAAAGUAAAAAAUGGGAACACCCUAAUUAUUGCCCACUGUGAUGAAGAACGGGGGAAGGAAGUCCACACAAUUAUUUACAACUUUUCGAGUAAGCAGUUGGAGCAAAUUCAUUUGAGUGUCCCCCCCGGCGUUAACCUGGAGGAUGAUAAAGCGAAAUAUAUUAACUGCCUCGAUUUUAACGACAACUACAUUGUAGUGCUGUUUAGCACAAAUGAACUGGCCAUUUAUGAAAAGGAGGCAAAGACGAACAAGUACACAUUGUUUAAAUACUUGGACAAAAAUAAAGCAAGCGUCAUAAAAUAUUUUAAAAAUAAAAACUUCCACGAAGUGGAGGAAUGUACAUCUGGUCACACAGCAGAUUGCGCAAACAAGGUGAACAGAAUUUCCUCCCUUCAAAUCUGUGAGGACAACACCCUGCUGCUAACAUACAGCGAACGCUUCCUCCCAAACGUAGAGGAAAAUGGGAGCAAUUAUAAGUAUACCUCCCUCGUGAAGAGCGCCACAAGCGCAAUAAAUAUGUACUCCAAGGAGAUAGAGAAAAUUCUCUUCUUGCCCUUUCUUUAUCAAGACAAGUUCAGCAAUAACUCCCUCCUGUACGACAUCAACGAACAGUUAAUUAAAAGCCACAAUAUGCACAUGUGUUUUGUGAACUUACGGGGUGUAUAUAUCAACACGGACAUCAUAAAUCUGGACGAUGAAAUUUACGCCCUGUAUGGAGAGACAAUUGAAAUUUUGAACGGUCGAUUGUCCAGCAUGGGGUGCCUGACAAAUGGGGGAAACGCGGAGGACUCUCCAAACGGAACAGACGCAGAUGCAGAGGCAGACGCGGAACGAAGGAGGGAAGAGUUUCUAAACCUAAGAGCAUACCUAGACGUACACGACAUAAGUCAAAAUAAGAGAAAAAUAUUUAUGAACAGAUUAAGUGAGGAUGCCUCCGAAAAGGGCUUCCUCAACAUGGACUUUUUAAAAGACAUAACAAAGAAUAGAAGUCGAUCCGAUGAUGUACAGCCGUGCAGCAACUUAUACCUGUGCAGUUUAGAUGACUACUACGUCAUGCUGGAAAAUGCAGAAGACGAUUUUAAUAUAACUUUGUAUAAAGUAAAAUUUCUGAACAUGUCUGAAUUUUUAAUUCAUCUAUUUUUUUAUAAUUACCACGAUGGUGUGCUGGCAGCUGAGCAGAAUGGCAUGGCGUCUUUGCAGCAACUCUUCGUUUACUCCGUUUAUGACUACGGGGGGAGGUACUUCGAGGCCCCCCUAAGCGAUUUUCAGUGCCUCUUCAAGAUUAAGAACCUGUUUGACUUCCUCGAGAGAGCCGUGACGUACGACCCGUUUCUCUUCAGAGAGGAAGACGACGCAAAUAUAGUCGAACUGCUCAAUUUGAAAAACAACGGAAUCGGCCAGUACAAAUAUAUCCUCACCAAUCUUAACAAAAAGGAGGAAAAUAAUAAUUACCACAACAUGUUUUAUCUUCUGAACGGGUCAGGCGAUAAUGAAGUCACUUCCAAAUACGUUAACAAAUAUUACAAGGUCAAAAGGGUAAGUACUGAAAACUGGAUGCAGCAUGUCGACAUAAACGUACAGAUGCUCAAAUUGAAAACUGUGCUGUGCGUCUCCCUUCGAGUUGUCCUGUACCUGUUGGGUGAUGCUCAGUCGGCCAGCGAUGAGAUGCUGACCUCCGACGAGAGCGACACCAAUGAUGGGUGCGACAUUGGUGAAGGUAACAACACCGAUGAAGAGAGCCACUUCUUAACCAAGUUGAUAAAAAAUAAGGCAAGGAAGCGCAGAAGAAAGAAACCAAAGUACGCCCGCAAAGGCGGACAAGCCACUAUGCAUAUGAGUGGCCACACAUCAGAACCUCCGAACGGGCAGCAGUCCGAAGACGAAAGCGACAGCGGCAAUAGUGAGGAUGACCAAAACCGAAUCAGCGAGAUUUGGGGACUUUCCAUCGACCAGGUAGAUCUAAGCGGAGAUGAAAGCAGCAGUGACGUUGAUGACAGCGUUGAUAUGGACAAAGGAAGUAUGUCAUCGUCCAACUCACCGAGAAGACGCAAUGACGAAGUGAAGAGGAGAGUUCCCCAGAGCAUAUUUCUCCACGACGUAGACUACAACUCGUUCAGGGAAUGUCUGCAGCCUGUACAGAAAAACGAAAUUGUAAAAAAGAAAUUGAAGCUGUACAGAAAGGAGAUACUGCGACAGAUUUAUAAGUACAAAAUGUACAACUACAUUAUGAAGCUUCUGGAUCGGGAAAGACGGAGGAACCACUCCAAUUGUGGCACAUCGGGGGGGGAAGGAGAAACGCCCAAUUUAAACUCCACAAACGACAAAAAUUACAGUAAUAAAAAUAAACUGUCGGACAUUUUCAACAUCUUCAAGAAAAACAUAAAUGAUUCUACAAAGGUGGGAGAAAAAGAUAAUAUGAAUAGAACCACCAGCAGCGAUGGGUUCUUUCAAAACAGCGCAGAAGCAGAAUCCUGCAACAUUUACAUCUUAAGCUGGACAAAAUUUAAGUACUACUAUACCCCAUUUGAUAUUGUAAAAUAUUUUGUGAUCAACCAAAAUUAUGUCUUAGUAAAAAUUUUUUACAAAUAUUUUCGUUUUUUUAUUAACCAUAAUUGGCAAAGGAUAUUUGAUUACAUUCCGGUGAACACCAAAGUGGAGGAUUUUUUCUUUCUACUCCCGGCAGUUAAAGGAGUGGAGAGUAAUAAACACCCUGGUGGGGGUGCUUUACCGGGGGAUGUUCCGCACGAUGAAGAUGCACAUAAUGGAGCACCUAACCCGAAUGACGAUGCAUGUGUUGAUGAGGCGACCAUCAGUCCUUCCCACUUUGCAAAAAGGAGUGAAGCAGAUGAGGAAGAAGAAUAUGCAAAAUGGACCCAACAAAAUCAGCCCCACAAAGGAUCUUCUAAUCAUUACGAAAUACACUCCGAUGAUGAUGCCUUUUUCGAGUUCUUCUUCAGUAGAUGUAUUGCCAUAAUGAAGAGAACCAGGUUGGUUAAAAGUCGUCUCCUGGCAUUCGUCUAUGUUUGUCUGCAACAAAUAAAUGAUGAUAAUAUUUAUGAACUUUUUAAGUACGAUCCGGUUUUGAAGGGACUUACUUUUGACGAAUCGUAUUUUUGCGAAUCUGCCCAUGUGGGAACCGUGUCAACCGUGGGGGAAGAAAAUCCUAACACUGUCACACCGGGUGGGGAUACCCAGGGUAGGAGAGCUCCACGAAGAGAACAACCCCAUUUGCAAAACGAACAUAUGGUGAAUAAUACGCCCAAUUUUGGUGACCCCCUUUGGAUAAAAAAGAACCUAAAAGUGCAGAUUAAAAAGAACAACAUUCAGAAGAAAAACGUGCUCCUUAUUUACAGCUUCUUCAUCCUCAUUAAGCUAUACGUGCUCUGCAAAGAAAAUCACAAAAAUGUAAAGUUGGAGGAUUUUCUCCUAAUGGAUAUGUACACGCGCUUGUGUUUGAUCCUGGACUUUGACAUAAAAUACAUGUCCUUAGAAUUAGACCAGGAUGCCUACAUAAAAGUAUUUUAUAACAGUUUGGAGGAAUUUCUGAGCAACUACUAUCUAAUCGAUGAGCACAUCGCAUCUACAGGAACAGCCAAGUGCAAACUUUUCACAAAGGAGAUUGUCAAUUUGGUAUACGAGAAACCGAAAAACAUCUUCCAGAGCAUCUACUUCAAUUUGCUUUACUCCUCUCAACAAAUUUUUGUGUUAUUCUGUUUCAAGACGUUAAGACUGCUGCAGGGGAGAAACUGUCACAACGGUGGUGAGGCACAGGGGGGGAAGAAGAAUAAUGCCACCUGGUCCAGCCAUCCAACAUUGAGUGAAGGAUUCGGUCAAGAGCAGAGUGCAGUCCGUACAAAUGCACACAUGGUAGUAGGGCGAUAUACCCAAUCGAAGCGCAAAACUGAGAUUGACAAAAUUUUUGUUUUCCUAAAAUAUAUUCACUACGCGUAUAAGUAUAGACUAAUUUUGAGGAAUGAUUACGAGUUCGCCUUUUUAUUUCUGGUGAUCUUUUACAAGUACAUGCACAUUAACCUGUUGCACUUUAUUUCAAUUUUGGGCGAUUUUUACAACCUGCUGCCGAGGCAGAUAGUGGAGGGACCAGAUGAGGGGGAGGAACUCUUCAAUCUGGGUGAGCUCUUCCGGGGGGGGGAGUUCAGCAGCAACGCGGUAAUUUAUGACGAACAUUUGAGCCACAUUGUCGGGGGGGAUUGUAAAGACGCAGCGGGGGGAAGUGCAUCUUCGGAGAAUGCAUCUGUUGAGGCCACCCCCAUGGUGGAGAAACUGUUAGACGUUUUCGAAAAGGACCUGAACGCCCUGGAGCUGAUCAAAUAUUUGAAGAAAGAUUUCGCACAACACGCGGAAGACGAAAUAAAGGUAGACAUCGACAUGAUUGUGAGCUCUCGAAAUAGCAGAACGAAAACUGUCAUGAACAUUUUUACGUUAUUCAAGAAGAUAAUGACCUGCACGCAGUACAAAGAUGCUAAUUUCACGAAGAACUGCUUCCAACUUUAUCACAACUUAUUUUACCUGGUGGAUGUUCACACCUUCUUUCACAUCCUCUUCUACAUCGUCCUCUUUCAUUCCAACGACUUUGAAUAUCUAACCAACCUUUUGAAGUUUUUCCAAAAAUAUUACCACGACGUCGGUGGGGGGAGGUCAGAUUACCUCAUAAAUUACCUCCUCCUUAAUAGGGUAAAAAUAGUGACCAUUAACGAAAAUUUUGAGCACCUCUACAAAUUUGUAAAAAAUAUAUACUCUAAGAGAAGGGUAGGAUUCCUGUCCCACUUGGCUGACCAGAGUGAAGACCUUCUAGCCAAUUUGAAAAUAUUGAAGUAUAUACAGAUUUUUGCAAAUCGAAGGGGAGAAAGCGAAAAAGAAAGUGGCACCUCCAACAUUAGUCACAACAUGCACAGACAAAGCACACAUAAGAGUACAUCAAACGAAGACAUAUACAAAUCCUUCUCAAAGUUAAUUUCGCAAUCGUAUGAAAGGAUUGCCACGAACGAUGUAAACAUUGAGGAGGGAAUAAAGAACAAAACGAGAAAUACUUAUCAGCCCCCUUUUUACAAGAACAUUCUUUACGACUCUUAUGUUAAGAUAGCCAUCGAAAGGAAUAGAUUUCUCAUUUUCAAAAACGUAAUGGAAAACGAUCUCACAAUUUGCUACAACAGAGGGAGAACCAUCAAGUUGACUAAACUCCUCCAAUUGGAAAAGGAUCAUCUGAGGGAUUCUCUGCUCUUCGUUAUCUGCACCCUGCAGCUACAUCGAAAGGUAAAUAUUCUUCCCUUUUAUUUGAUUCUUUUUCUGAUUUUAUUUCAAAAGGAUGAAUUGGGGAAGGACCAGAAGAGGGCUCUACACAAUGCCAUCAUGUUCUACGCGGAAUAUUCGAACCGAUCUGCUAGCUACGUGUACAAUUUUGGCAUGUCCCUCAUUGCUUACUUUUCUCUGAACAAUCCCGAGUGUAUUCCCCAUCUGUACAAAUCGGUCUUAACCAAAAGGGAGUACUUCAAUCAAGCGUGGAGAUCACCAAAGGGACAGAGACGAGACGCGAACUGUCUGCAUGAUAGCUUCCUCUCCGUUUAUGACUUUUUACAAGAUAGUAAAACUAAGUCACACAGGACGAGUGAUGGGGAUAGAAUAACCCAGGGGGGAUCCGUUAUAACUGAUCAGACAAGCGGAAACAUAAGCGAACACACAAGUGAGCAUCCCCAUUUUGGACCUGAGCGAUACAAUGACGCAGGGGAUGUAAACCCCAUUGCUAAAGCAUUCUGUAAACUUACCGACACGGAGGACGCUUCGAGGGGGGGACUUCUGCACAUGGUGAGGGAGGAGCCCAUGAAUUCAUACGAGUACACCUUUGAGGGGGAAGAUAAUCUCGGCGAAGUGGAAGUCCAAGUUGAAAUAGAAAUGUUCCAGGGGGAGAAGAACCCCCUUGAGAAUCAAAUAGAUGAAUGUGAUGACGCGUGGGGAAAGAGCCCCGGAGAAAACAGCCACCCUACAGGGGAAGCGGACCAAAGCGACAAGGAGUUGGACCAACUGGAGGACAUUUGUACAGGUACAGAUUUUGAGGAAAUGGGAUCGUCAUCUGAUGAAUCGGCCAGCCAAAGUUACGCUGCUGAAGUGAACGACACGGAAGAAACGGGUGAACCAGACGACGAGGAUGACGCGAAUGGACCUAAUGACGACCACGGGGGGAUAGACCUCAUGGCUCACACAGAAGGUUUACAACAGGUGAAAAACCCAAACGGGGGCAGGAGCGAGGAGGGCGAAGAAAUCCCCCCUAAUGGUAUCGCCAGUCAGACCCAACAGAGUGGAAACAGAAAUACACACGGCAGGAAUGCCCUGACGUAUCUACUAAAAAAGGCGCGCAGUAGGAUUAACAAGCACAACGUAACCAAUUGGAACGUGGGUUAUAUCACCAGAACGGUGCGUGUGGUGAAGAGGGCCCUAAAGAGGAACGAAAAUAAGGUGAAAGGAAUGGAUAGAACCUUACAUGUGCACCACUUCAACAGAAAAGUGGAACAGCACCAGCAGAAAAAUAAUUUCGGCCAAAAAAGCAGCAUAUACAAUUCCCUCCUGAGCGGUGACCUCUACUUUGCAUUUCUGUACUUCUUACAAGUGGAGGAUUACCCAUUUAUCUACACCUUCGUGAAGAAGAUCGUUUUGAAUAAUUCCAUCCUGAUAGAAAAAAAAAUGGCCAUUAUUGAGAGGCUACUGUUAAGCAUGUACUCCUUUCAUGCGCAAAUGGGUGUACCAAAGGAGGGACUCCAUCCUGAAGGCUCAAAAGACAUGCCCCCAUUUUUAAAAAAAAUUCUCAACAUGCUGGUCAUUACGAAAUAUUUGCUCCUCCAGUUGAAUACGAACAAUUUAAGGAAAAUUGAUUUGCAAAAAAUUAUUGUCGAGGAUAGCUAUAAAAAACUGCUAGUGGAAAAAUUCGACAAAGAGAGGUGUGAGAAAAUUUUACAAAUUCUAAUUAAAAUAGGAGACAUAUCCAGGAUGAAUCUUCUCCAUAUGAAUGUUCAUAUAGAAAAGAAUAGACACACUGUUGUGUAUGGCUUACGGUGGCAAGAUGGACCCGAACAAAUAGGUUCUAGCAUGGUGCAGAAGCACCUCAGUGAGAAGAACACCAUUGCAGAAAACCCCAAUGACCAUAAGCGCUUUCAGGUUCUAUUCGAAAUUGAGGUGGAAAAACAAAUGAUUCUUCACUUUCAGAGGAAUGAGAAGAAUUCUUUACUGGUUUAUGUCAGCACCCAUUUGAACUACCUCAAUUUUAACCUCCAUUUUGUGAGAAAGAUUGUCUUCUAUAUGUACGAAACGUGUCUGUAUUUUCUUUGUCCCGCUGUAUACUUUUUGAAGACGUCCUUUUAUGACUUCAACAUGGGGAAUCUGUUCACUUCCUUGUUGCGCAUCGUGAAGAGGUUAUCUCGCACGGAGGUGGUAACGAAAUUGCUCGAGCUGCGUUAUGUGUGGAUUUGUCUGGGAGGAGCUACAAGAGAUGUAAAGACAGAGACACCUAGAAGAGACCCAUCAGAGAACAUCGACGAAGGGGAACGAAGCGAAAGUCUCUCCAAAACGAACACAGCAGAAAUAUUAUACAGUUCGAAGAUUUUGAACUCUUUCAAUUUUUACCUCAAGGAAGCACAAACGGAUAACCCCGCAUUUGACCAACUCAUUUACAACCACGUGAAGGAAACACAAAAAGAAGUUCAAACGUAUAACUUAGGAAAGGAGGAAACUUACCACUUGGUGACUUACCUGUGGAGUAAAUUUGAAAUAAUGCCGCAACUGCACGAUUUGUGUUUUCUCCUAAAAAGGCUCAAUGUGCAGUUGGAUCCGUUUUACUAUGCCAGUGAGGAGAACCACCAAAUGGUACAAGAACUCUUCGACGCUAAUGAGGACGACUAUGUGAAGCACUGCCUUCUGUUCACCAUACUGAAUAGGGAUAGCAUCCAAUCAUUUGAAAUGAAAAAUGUGAAGAACAAUUUGUCCCAUUUUUUCUAUGCCAAUGAAAAACAUCACAAGUGCUUUAUAGAUUUUUACCUAUACCGUAAUGCACUAAAAUUAGGCAACUUAAAAAACGUGUCGACACUUUUAUUUACGCACCUUCUGAAGCGCCCUCUAAAGGAAUUUUGCAGAAAUAUUGAAUUCAACUUCACCAAAUGGAUGCUCCUACACAGAAGGCGAAUGGAGAAAUUUUUGCACUUUUACAAUGUGAUGGACAGACUUGGGAUGGACCACCCUGGGGUUCUAGUCAAAUUAGUUACAGAUAACUUAUAUCGGGUGGACUACCUUUUGUUUCUCCACCUGGUGCACUACGACGGGGAAAGCGACCCUCCUUCAGCAAGCCGCAUAGUCCUGAAACUGCUCAUGGUGCUAUUCUUCACGUCGCGCACAAAUCUAGACGCAAACUUUUCGGUGAAUGAUUUUUUCCACUUUUGUGCGGCCCAGACCCAGGGGGGAGGGGACGUACCCACAUUGGAACUAAACUCCCCAGGGGAUAUAAUGCUCGAGGGUGAAUUCUGUAAGGAUGAUCAGGGGGCUAGUGCAAUCGGCGAAGUUACCGAAACGGAAGGGUCGAAAGUGCUCACAACCCACGGAGACAAUUCCAUGGAGACAGACGACGAGCUCUACAUUGACAAACGCAUGGAGAUGCACGAUGAGGGGGACCACAGCUUUUCCGACACCGAGAACGCCGAGGUGGAUGGCGCCGAACAAGACAUUCACGAAAGUUGCUCCGUUGUAAGUAUCCCCGUUCUAAGUAUGAACGAAGAAAGCGCAUCCACGGGUGAGCACUACGAGUACACGGACCAAGAAAAGAGUCUCAUCGGGGACAUAAACAAUUUUUUCCAAAAGGAUGAUGGACUUGGCGGGGAGGAUGACAUGGAGGUACCGUGCGGAAGAGGCAACCCUGAGGGCAUUCAGGUCGACCUAGACGAGAGAAGAAUUGGCCAAAUUGAGAAGGGGGGUAACGGCAAGGGGGAAGGACAGGUACAACCAACCGAAACGAACGAAGUGAACAACGCCGUGGCCUCCUUCUGUCGUCAACGCAUAACCCUCCAGGAGGUAAUAAAAACGGUUAUAAAGAACGAACUCAAGGCAAUUUUGUUCCUUCGUUUUUCCAGCAGAGUAACAGUAUUCAGCUUAUACGAUAAGGCAAAGCAGAUUGAUCAUUUUCUACACAGUUUGGGCGGACGCAACGUCUUUUUCGCCCUGGAUAUGAUGUCCCUACUACUGUGUAGGAAUAAAAGACGGAAAUCGAGGAACAGGUUUAUUUUUCACUUUUUUGUGCUUCUUCAUGCUUUGCACUUUGUCCGGGAGGGGAGAAGUGGCCAUCCGAGUGGGCAGGACAAGGACCACACGGUUGACACCCCAAUAGAGGAUAACAUCCCCAACCAGGAUGACCACGUCCAGAACAAGGAAAGCCUCCUCAACAGCUUAACGGUACUCCUCUUCAUUAACCUGUCGAAUAUAUUUCUGCCAACCGUGAACAGGCUCUACUUGUUGGAAGAGAAACAACACCUAUUAUUUGACGACGAGAGGAAGCAGAUAAGCAGCAAACACGACGUCGCGAAAUUUGUUCGUAUAAUUCUGAACCUAGUGGACGACACGUACGUUAAGGGUUAUGAGUUCGUUUACUUAAGUUUCCUCCUUUUGGUGGAGUAUGUAGUAGAACUUCUAUGUGAAGACAGCGACGUGGUAGUCCCCCCCACAUUAGCGCACAUUUUCAAGUGUAAUAAAAUGCAAAAUUUGCUAGACGAUUAUGCAAAACGGUACCAGGGUGGAGGAGACGGAAAAACGGAGCAGAGGAAAACGAAGAUGAAUCCCCUCACUGCAUUCCUAACCCAGCAAACGUAUGACAAAAUUAGAAGCAUGAUGAGCCGCAUUUACUUGAAGCUCCUUUCCGCCUGUGAUAAGUCCAUUGUGCUCGUCUGCAAAAUCAUCAUAGGGAACAGGAUCAACUUGGAAGACGAAAAGGAAUUAUUUAAAAAGGUGAAGAGCAAUAUACUGCUAUUUUUUACGUUAAAUUAUUCCCAAAUAAAAGCGAAUAAACAGAACUUACUCCUACAGAGUAAGUCGAACAGCAUGAUGAAGAGAGACAAGAGUGACCUGUUUCAGACGAAGAUUGCUUCAUUCAUUAAGGUCCUCCUGGUGAUAAUGCAUUACAACAUUGGUUCGUUCAAAAAAUGGGAAUAUUACGAAACGAUUAAGCAGAUAAUCACCGAUGGAGAGUGGUUCCGCAUCUUUGACGCGAGGUACGCAAGGGAGUCAGUUGAGAUGAACUUUCUCUGUAAAAGGUACACCAAGAGGGGGCACCUUAGUGCACGGCUCACCGGAUCUAUGGAGGACACGCCCAACGUGGGAAAUAAUACCAUCGACCGUAUUAGCGAUAGUGGUGUUGCUCCACCUCGCCACCGUGAGGUAACGAAACCGCUAGAAGAGGAGGAUGACGAAGUAACCCUUGUGGAGGACUCACAUUGUUGGGACUCCUCCAGUGGCAGCCUUGCCGAAAUGAACAAAACGAUGCACUUCUAUUUGCAAAGUUGCACAGAGGAGGAGGAAAGUGCCACGCAGAGGGAAGUCGUCUCGGGGGAUACACCUGAUUUGCUCAGUUCGAAUGAGGUUGGGGAGGGGAAUUCCCCGUGGGGCAAAAAUGUCCUGGAUCGUAGGAUUGACCACCACGUAGGGGAACAAUUCGAGGGGGAAGAAGAGAAUAAUAAGAGGGAUGACAAAUGGCAGAGUAAGGAUGUGGUGUCCGGGGUUGCCCAGACAGCAGUGAAGGAGCUGCCACCCCAGAAGGGGGAUAAUGCCAUGCUCAACGGUGGAAACCCCCAUGAGGAGGACCUCCACGAGGAAGAUCCCUUCCAGUUUAACACUUCCAAGGUAAGAGAGACCAUCCUGAACGACUAUGGGAAAGGCUUCCUCUCCAAGUACAUAAAUAAACUUACCACGAAGGAGGAGUGCGAAAAAAGACUGAAGCAGGUGGGAAGGAAGUCCAAAAUGAUGAACCUAGUAAAAUAUGCAGCAUACAUUCUACGAUACUGGAACAUCGAAAUAGAGGAGUUACAAAAAGGAGAAAGAGAAGAAGGAUUUCAAAUUUUAAUUUUUUUUGCAAACCAUUUUCAUUUUUUUGAAAAUUUAAUAAAGUAUAAAGUUAUUUUAAAGUUAUACGUGCACAAGCAACUCAAUCUGGCAGACGAACUUCUGGGGCAGAAGAGUAGGAUGUGGUCGUGGUACCGAAAUGACGUGAAAAUAAAAAGUUCCAUUGAGGAAUAUCUCAUGAAGGAUAUAUGCUACACUAAUUUCUUCAGCGGGAAGGGAAAUAACGAGACAUUUCUACGGUCAUUUGAUCAAGUGUUAAGAAGGGGCCACUGGACUAGUGGUCCGCUUUCACAUGAACAAGGGGACCCCAUCCGGACGCCACCCACCAGCUGCUUUUACCUAACAAACUACCACAACAAUAAGCUUAACGGGACGUUUUUCAAAAGCAUAUAUAUGCAGUAUUAUGCCUUUAGGAAGUACUGCAAAGAUGCAGGGGGUGGAAAACAAUUGGGAAAAUAUCUCCCCAGGGAAGGACAGUCCAACACGGGAGCUAACAACCCGAGCAAGCACACAACUGAGGCCAAGGAAAAAAAACAUAAUCAGCCAAGUUAUAUGUACCACGUGCCCCUCUUCUACCUCUCCUUCAUGGACCUCUACGCACGCACCGCUGACGUUUACGACUUCUACUUCCAGGCAGUCAUUUUCAAGUUAAUGAAAGAGGAGGAGCUACACCUCAGCAAAGCGAAACAGUAUCAGGAAGAUUUACAAAAGUAUCUCCAGAACAUGCUAAACCAGUACGACUUAUAUUUGAUGCUUCUACAUUACCAGUUGCUUACCUUCCAGUCUGUUUGCUACAAUAACACGUGCACGAAUUUUCUGAAUCGGCGCGAACAGAAGUUGGUUCACUAUCUCUGGGUCAGACUUACGCAGGACCUGAUGAAGAAGUACCGGUAG